AACUCAUCAGUGAUAAUGAACUGCACUUAUACGUACCCUACUGGAUAUCAGAUUGAGAGAGUGUUCUGGAUCAAAACAAAAGAUAAAAAGGAAACAGAAGAGCCUCCAGAUCUGUCUGAGGACCCUGAAUACAGUCAGAGGCUUCAGUAUCUGGGAGAUAAACAGCAGAACUGCACCAUCAGACUGAGUCAUGUGACACUGAAGGAUUCACACAAGUACUAUUUCAGAUUCAUCACUAAUAUAACAGAAGGAAGAUGGAUUGGUGAUCCAGGAGUGACUCUUGCUGUCACAGAUCUUCAGGUGGAGUCUCCUGAGAGAGUGACAGAGGGAGAUUCAGUCCGUCUGACAUGUAAAAGCAGCUGCACUCUGACUGACAGAGCAACAUUCAUCUGGUACAGAAACUCACAGCCAUUAACUGAGAGAAGAGACAGAAACAAUGAACUCCUGCUGCAGUCAGUCAGAAGAGAGGAUGCAGGCAGAUAUAGCUGUGCUGUACACGGACACAAUCACAUCUCUCCUGCUGUUCAGCUCAAUGUCACGUACCAUCCAAAGAGCGUCUCAGUGUCCAUCAGUCCAUCUGGUGAAAUAGUGUCAGGAGAUUCAGUGACUCUGAUCUGCAGCAGUGAUUCAAACCCUCCUGCAGAAAUCAGCUGGUUUAAAGGAAGAAGGUUUGUAGGAUCUGGAAGAAUCUUCAGCAUCUCAAAGAUCAGCUCUGAUGACAGUGGAGAAUACAAGUGCAGAUCCAUCAAUGAUCAUGGAGAGAAAUACUCUGAUGCUGUGACUUUAAACGUCAUGUAUCCUCCCAGGAACGUCUCAGUGUUGAUAAACGGAUCUGGUGAAAUAGUGUCAGGAGAUUCAGUGACUCUGAUCUGCAGCAGUGAUUCAAACCCUCCUGCUCUGAACUUCAGCUGGUUUAAAGGAGGAACGUUUGUAGGAUCUGGAAGAAUCUACAGCAUCUCAAAGAUCAGCUCUGAUGACAGUGGAGAAUACAAGUGCAGAUCCAUCAAUGAACAUGGAGAGAAAUACUCUGAUGCUGUGACUUUAAACGUCAUGUAUCCUCCCAGGAACGUCUCAGUGUUGAUAACUGGAUCUGGUGAAAUAGUGUCAGGAGAUUCAGUGACUCUGAUCUGCAGCAGUGAUUCAAACCCUCCUGCUCUGAACUUCAGCUGGUUUAAGGAGAAUGAAAGCUCAGCUGUUGGAUCUGGACAGAGUUUCAGUGCACUACAGAGUGGACGCUUCUACUGUCAGGCUCACAAUCAACAUGGAUCUCAGAGAUCAGACGCUGUAACUGUGACUGAUAAAGGUAGAGCAGCUCAUAUACUUACUUUACUCUUUCUAAAGUGAUGCAAAUUAAUUUAC